CUUCGCAAGCUGAGCAAAAACGGGAAACACGUAGUCUGUUCCACUCCACAGAUGCACAACAGCCAGUCCCCUGGCUGAUGCAUGUACGCGUACUGACUGCCCCCAUUGCAACAAACACACACGGUGCGACUCAUUGAAAAGAAAUUGGAAGGUGUUGAUCAGUUUUGCUUUACAAACUUUUCGACAGAAUGUCCCAAUGGCAUCAACUCCAUCAAUUGGACACACAACUCCUGGAAAAAGUGGACCAGUUGUACGAUGAUACCUUUCCCAUGGAGGUCCGUCAAUUCCUAGCUGUUUGGCUGGAAAACCAGGAUUGGGAUCUUGCUUCGAAUAAUGAUUCACUGGCCACCCUUCUCUUCCAUAAUUUAUUAAAACAAAUAGAUGAUCAGUACAGCCGUUUCUUCCUGGAGAAGAACUUCCUACUUCAGCACAAUCUGAAAAGAAUUAAACAAAAUCUUCAGGUCCAAUAUCUUGGAAAUCCUUUGCAUAUGGCUUCAGUUAUAGCAAAUUGCCUGAGGGAAGAGAGGAGGAUUCUCACAGCAGUCACCACACCUGAGCAGGAGCAUGAGGAAAAAUUGUUGCAGAGCUCAAUGAUUUCUGAAAGACAACGAAGUUUGGAACACCGAAUGUCUACCAUAAAGACCAACACACAGUUUGUGGAACAAGAUGUGAAGUACCUUGAGGAUCUCCAAGAUGAGUUUGACUUCAGAUAUAAGACACUACAGACACAAGAACAAAGUGAUAGGAACAGUGUUCAUAUGAAGGAAGAGGUUUUCCGGUUGCAAGGCAUGCUGAAUCAGCUGGAUCAUAAACGAAAGGAGGUUCUCCAAAAAAUCACUGAGUUGUUAAACCAAAUGGAUUUUCUAAUGAACAGACAACUGUUUGAAGAGCUAACGGAUUGGAAACGCCGACAGCAAAUUGCCUGCAUAGGAGGUCCGCACAACACUUGUCUCGACCAACUGCAGAACUGGUUUACAUUGUUCGCAGAGAGCCUAUUUCAGGUCAGACAACAGCUGAAAAAACUGGAGGAACUGCUGCAGAAAGUGACCUACGAGGGAGAUCCAAUGCCUUUGCAAAGACCUCAUUUGGAGGAAAGUGUGAACAUUUUGAUUUACGGUUUCAUAAAAAGUUCUUUUGUGGUGGAGAGACAGCCUUGCAUGCCGACCCAUCCACAGAGAGCAAUGGUCCUAAAAACAGGAGUGCAGUUCACUGUCAAGUUAAGGUUUUUGGUGAAGUUGCCCGAACUGAAUUAUCAGCUAAAAGUGAAAGCUACAAUCGACAAAGAAAGUUUAACAGCAAGAGGAUAUCGCAAAUUUAAUAUAUUAGGCACUAACACCAAAGUAAUGAACAUGGAAGAAUCAGUCAAUGGGAGUCUCUCGGUAGAAUUCAGACACUUGCAACUUAAAGAACAGAAAUCAUCAGCGGGAACUAAAGGAAAUGAGGGUCCUCUCAUUGUCACGGAGGAGCUGCAUUCAAUAAAUUUUGAAACACAGUUUUGUCAUCAAGAUCUUAUCAUAGAUUUAGAGACCAGUUCUUUGCCUGUGGUGGUCAUCUCAAAUGUAAGUCAGCUGCCCAGUGGCUGGGCCUCCGUUAUAUGGUACAACAUGUUAAUGAAUGAUCCCAAGAACUUGACUUUGUUCACCGUCCCUCCCACUGCCACUUGGAGUCAGCUGUCAGAGGUGCUGAGUUGGCAAUUCGCUUCUUACGUGGGACGAGGUCUGAAUUCCGAUCAGCUCAACAUGUUGGCGGAGAAGCUGCUAGUGCAAUUGAAAUACAAUGAUUGCCACAUUUCAUGGAAUAAAUUCUGUAAGGAGAACCUACCAAACAGAUUCAGUUUCUGGUUGUGGUUGGACGGAAUCCUGGAGCUCAUCAAGAAGCACCUUUUGACUUUGUGGAUUGACGGGUAUAUUGUGGGAUUUGUGAGUAAGGAGAAGGAACGUGCGUUAUUGAAGGACAAACCAUCUGGCACUUUUUUAUUGCGGUUCAGUGAAAGCAGCAGAGACGGUGCCAUUACCUUUACCUGGGUGGAUCGAUCCGAGAAUGGAGAAAUGAAAUUUCACUCAGUGGAACCAUAUUCCAAGAGUCAGUUAUUAGCUGUUCCUUUGCCUGACAUUAUCCGUGACUACAAAGUAAUGGUGGCCGAGAAUAUUCCAGAAAACCCACUGCAGUACCUAUACCCUGAUAUACAGAAGGAUAAAGCUUUCGGGAGGCAUUACAAUAAUAAGCCGAAAGAAGUUUCUGAACCUACGGUGACACAGAAAGGCUACAUUUCCUCAAGGUUUAUCCCAUUCUCUGAAUUUCCGAAUGCGUCCACGGCUCCAGUGUCCUCAUCUGACUUACUUCCUAUGUCACCAGGUGUAUAUGCUGAACUGAAACAGCAACUAAGUCCUGCAGAAAUCGAGACUGCCGUAUGUUUUGAAGCAAUGAUUUGAAACUAAUCUCCAGAACUCUAUUCAGAAAUUCUAAUACGACAAACGCUAUAUAACCUACACAUUUUUGUUAGUGUUUAAUAUCAAGGGAAGUUAAAGAUUUUUUUUGUAAAAAAGUAUUCUGGAAUAUUAAGCAAGAAUAUGAAUUGCAGAUAUAACUAUGGUUGUAGAUAAGUAUUCCAGAUUAAUUAUGUACAGUGAGCUUUUAUUAGAUCCUAGUUAGAUGGACUACAUUGCUAAGGUUGCCUUGAGCACCACACAAGGAGAUCUAUACAUUACCAUUUGAAUACAAGCUCAGAAUGCACACCACCCAAGACUCAUUUUUAAUAUAAUGAGAGAGCAAACAGCAAUAUUGAUCACAGGGCUGAACUAUAAUAGCUUUAGGUUGCAAUAAUACUUACAGUAAUAUUGAAUCUUUCAUUUAGUCAUUUGUGACAAGGUCAUCAGCCGUUACAAAUGAUGUGAUCACUUGAUCGUGAAGGGAACGUAGAAAUGAAAUUAGAAAUGUUGUUCUGAGCUGUUAACUACACCCAAAUUAAAAUAUUAACAGAAUCUAUUCUUUAAAAGAACAUUUGAGGUUUGUGUUAAUGAUCUGCUCAUACUUGCCAAGUUUGAUUGAAAGCCUUUCUUCUGGGUAACAUUUGGCAGAUUUGCAGUAGAAUAGUUCAGGAAUCUUGAAAGAGAUGAUGCAACAGUAUUUUCCCCAUUGUAUUUUUAAUCAGUAUCAGUUAUUCUUGUACCUGUUUUUUUGAGAGUUAUAUUUUUAUUGGCAUCAAUUUUUAAUUUAUUGUAUUUGUAAAAUGGAACUGUCUUAACAAAACACAUAAAUAAGUAAAAUCAUUUGAAAUGUGCAGGUCACUUUCAAUUUAAGAUCAAAGCAGAGUUUCUGAAAUAAUACACAUCAAUUGGGCUAUGAAUAUGGGGCUCCACUCACCUCUAUUAAUAUUUCAUAAGAUAGAGUAUACCGUAUUUGUUUUUAUUCUUUUUUAAUUAAAUGUUAGCAAAUCUGUUUGAAGAUAUAGAUUUUUCGUACAUUGUUUGUGUUUUGUAACGAACGGUUUAAGAAUUUAUAGAUUAGAAUUUGCCAUUCGGUAAGUUUAAAGUCACCACAUGUCUUUUCAUUUUAGUCUGUUAUGUUUUUAUAUAUUUUUCACAAAUUCCUCUAAAUAGCAGUAAUGUUAUCCUAAUCCGUUUGCACUUUCAGAAUUCCCCCCAUCCCCCACCCUCUUCUUAAAUGUUUACCAUUCAUUGUUAUUAUGACAAAUACAUUUGCAUUUCUGUGAUGGUAUAUAAUUGUAAAAAAUAUAUAUUUGUUCAUGAAUUGUAGAUGUUGAAUCAAUUAUAUUUUCUUUU